CUGGAUUCCGUCUUCAAUGAAUCAAUUCAAUGUCCGUUGAAGUCACUCUCACUUACUGGACUGGACAAUGAGUCGAUAGGGACUGCUAAGCUGGCUUACAUGUGUCGCAUCUCAUUGGUUCAUGCAGGUAAUCUGAAGAGGGUCCAGAAUGAAUCAUUGGAGAUCCAUCUUCAACCAGUGACACGUUCCCUCAGCAACCACAAAUCGUCGCCUGUACGCGACAUUGGGACGUGCCAAUCAUUCAACUCGGCGCUACAUAUUCAGAGAUACCAGAGAUUCUCUUGUGUCAAAUAGUCUCGCGUCGUUGUGUAACUAAGAUAAUCAGCUAAGACUUGUUUGAUAAUUUGGCUUAUCUUGUACUGAGCCUCUCAAACGUAUCCAAACAUCGACAAUUCUGCUGCUGGUUUAGCUCAUUCCCAAUCCUAUAGAGUCAUGAGACUAACCACAGGAAUCGGAGCUCUAGGGCUAUUGGCGGUGCCAACAGUUCAUGCUUGGGGAAGCCUGGGACAUAUCACCGUCGCCUACAUUGCAACCAAAUUUGUGAAAGAGGAUACUGCGACUUAUUUCCAAGAUCUUCUCCGAAAUGACACUGAGCAUUAUAUGGCCGGGGUUGCCACCUGGGCAGAUUCCAUCAGGUAUACGAAAUGGGGUCGGUUCACCAAGAACUUCCACUUCAUCGAUGCCAAAGACACACCACCGAGCUAUUGCGGGGUCGACUUCGAGAGAGACUGCAAGGAAGACGGGUGUGUAGUCAGCUCCAUCCAGAACUACACGCUUCAGCUCUUCGAUAGUAGUCUGUAUCCCUGGAGACGUGCCCAGGCGGCGAAGUUUGUCAUCCACUUCGUAGGCGAUAUUCAUCAACCGCUGCAUGCCGAAAAUGUCGCCCAGGGAGGCAAUGGCAUCCACGUCAAGUGGGGAAACAGCGAGCUCAAUCUUCACCAUGUGUGGGAUACGAGUAUCGCCGAGAAGAUGCUGGGAGGAGUCCGCAGAAGGCAGUAUCAGGCCGCAUUCGAGUGGGCAGCGAAUCUCUCAUCGGAGAUCCAGACGGGCAAGUAUAUGGCGCAGUCCAAAUCCUGGACCGACGGGAUGAACCUCGAUGAUCCGAUCGCAACCUCCAUGGCUUGGGCCAACGAGUCCAACGCUUUCAUUUGCUCCCACGUCUUGCCGGAGGGCCCCCGUGAGAUUGUUGGUCAGCAACUCGCAGGGGAAUACUUUGAGAAGGCGGCGCCUGUCAUUGAGCUCCAGGUAGCUCGUGCCGGUUACCGACUGGCGGCGUGGUUGGAUCUCAUCGUGGACCGCAUCACACAAUCGGCCCAAGCUGUCGGUAGUGAGGAGCUGUGAAAAUGGACCAACAGAAGUUUCAAGGAGAGGGCACAGAGGGGAGCCAGCUACCUAUUGAAGGGGGAUGCUGCUGCCAGGAGGUUACCUUGGAAUCCCGAUGGAGAAGGAGGCAAGACGCCUUUGGAAGAUGUGGACAGGAUAAUACGGAUGCGGGGCAUACUUUCACGAAACAAGGCAGCCGAGAAAAACAACCUUCAUGGCCUCAACUUAACUGCGACGUCUGUUGCAGGCUGUUGCAGUUAUGUACGAACGCAGCUAGAA